CAGGUGUCACACGCAGGCGGACCCAGACAGCCACCUUCGGUCGCUCAUAAAAAGGCCGUCGUCUCCUGCUCUCUUACCUGUCGCCCAGGAGAUUAACUCAGCUGCAUCGUCGUCCUUCUGAUCUCCACCUGAGAGAAGUUUCCCAUCGUCGUCAUCAUGGCUGUGACCAACCAACCAGGCAGAUACGAGCCCUCUAACUUCCAGACCAGUCUGUUCGACUGCUGCGAUGACGUUGGAACCUGUUGCUACGGGUGCUUCUGCUUCCUGUGUCUCGGCUGCUCCAUCGCCAGAGACAUGCAAGAGUGCUGCCUGUGCGGCAUCGGCAUGACGAUCCGCAGCGUCUACAGAACCAGAUACAACAUCAGGGGGUCGCUGUGUUGGGAUUACCUGGCGGCCGGGUGCUGCCCGCUGUGCGCCACCUGCCAGCUGAAGCGGGACAUCGACCGCAGAAAGGAGCAGGGCAUCUUCUGACCAGACGUGACGUCAUGACGACGGAGAAGCCGUAAAGCCCCCCAUCUCGCCUCACACUGGACUGAUGAAGAGGAGCCUUUCUUUCUCUCUUGAUUUCGAAAUUCUGUUUACGACGUUGUUUUUUGUGUUUUUUUUCUACGUUGUCAUUCACCUUUUCCACCAGUAACCUCGUGAUUCUUUUUUUCCUUCAUCCUCUGACCUUUGCUCCACAUUUAUCUCCUGCCGAGUUAUGAUGUAUAAUAGUUCGAUAUCAUGUUGUAAAACUCUCCAUCUGUCAACACCAGCUUGUAAAAAAUGUCGUCAUCUUCCACAGGAAGGCACUGAAAGCUUGAUUUUAAAUUAAAUGGUUUUAAUGGACA